AACAACAAAAUGACAUUAAAAAGGCAUUUAACUGUCAUCAACAUUCUCCCAUUCUGUAAACAUUUUAUUUUUUAACUUGUAUUUUAAAUGUGUCUAUGUCAUUAAGAUAGGUAUUAAAAAUAUUUAAAGACUAAGAUAAGAGAUAUAUAAACAAAUGGAUGAUCUAAACCCACUUGCCGGUACAGCACAUCUACUCGAAGAAGUGGACAAAAAGCUGAUGGUGUUGCUGCGUGAUGGACGCACACUCAUUGGCUACCUGCGUUCAGUGGAUCAAUUUGCGAAUUUAGUGCUGCACCGUACCAUCGAACGUAUACAUGUUGGCAAUGAGUACGGCGAUAUACCGCGCGGUGUUUUCAUCAUACGUGGUGAAAAUGUUGUUUUGCUGGGCGAAAUUGAUCGUGAAAAGGAAGCUAAAUUGCCACUGAAAGAGAUAUCAGUAGAUGAAAUACUAGAUGCGCAACGAAGAGAGCAAGAACAAAGACAAGAGAAACAUCGACUUAUAUCGAAAGCGCUGAAGGAACGUGGUUUAGCGGUUAAUACAGAUAUAAUCAAUGAAGAUUUUUGUUAAGUUGUUCACUUGACAAUCUAAUUAAUUAAAUUGUCGAUAAAAAUGUUUUCAAAUAUUUUUUUUUUAA